CCGCGCCUACGCUGCCCUCCCGGCCUGCGCUAGCUCAGAAGCUGCAAGCCCGCUGGAGACGCCAUGUACCGGCUCUUGUCAGCCGUGCCGGCUCGGGCCGCGACCCCCAGAGGCUGCGCCUGGGGCUGCGGGCGGCGCGCUGCCCACCAGCGCGCCGGGCUGCCGCAGCUCGGCCCCGGCUGGGUCGGGGGCCUUGGGCUGGGGCUGGGGCUGGCCCUAGGUAUGAAGCUGGUGGGAGGGCUGAGGGGCGCGUCCCCUGCGCCGCCCCCUGCGGCCCCCGACCCCGAGGCGCCGAUUCUAAGCGAGCCGCUGCCGCCUCAGGAGCAGCCCCUCGCCCCGUGGUCUCCGCACACCCCGGUGCCGCCCCACGCCAGGCGCUUCGCCAGAGCCAUCGACAGCAGCCGCGACCUCCUGCACAGGAUCAAGGAUGAGGUGGGCGCGCCAGGAAUAGUGGUUGGAGUCUCUGUGGAUGGAAAAGAAGUCUGGUCAGAAGGUUUAGGUUAUGCUGAUGUUGAGAACCGUGUACCAUGCAAGCCAGAGACAGUUAUGAGAAUUGCCAGUAUCAGCAAAAGCCUCACCAUGGUUGCUCUUGCAAAAUUAUGGGAAGCAGGGAAACUAGAUCUUGAUAUUCCAGUACAACAUUAUGUUCCUGAAUUCCCAGAAAAAGAAUAUGAAGGUGAAAAGGUUUCUGUCACAACAAGAUUAUUGAUUUCCCACUUAAGUGGAAUUCGUCAUUAUGAAAAGGACAUGAAAAAGGUGAAAGAAGAAAAAGCUUAUAAAGCUUUGAAGAUGAUGAAAGAGACAGAAUCUGACCAGGAAAAAGACUCAAAAGAAAAAGGAGGCAAAAGUAAUGAAAAGAAUGACUUUGCUGCUAAAACUAAGAUAGAGCAAGAUAAUGAAGCCAAGGGCCGGAAUUCAAAACCUUGCAAGAAGAAAAAUGAUUUUGAACAAGGUGAAUUGUAUUUGAAAGAAAAGUUUGAAAAUUCAAUUGAAUCCCUACGAUUAUUUAAAAAUGACCCUUUGUUUUUUAAACCUGGUAGUCAGUUUUUGUAUUCAACUUUUGGCUAUACCCUACUGGCAGCCAUAGUAGAAAGAGCUUCAGGAUAUAAAUAUUUGGACUAUAUGCAGAAAAUAUUCCAUGACUUGGAUAUGCUGACAACUGUGCAGGAGGAAAAUGAGCCAGUGAUUUACAAUAGAGCAAGAUUUUAUGUUUACAAUAAAAAGAAACGUCUUAUCAACACUCCUUACGUGGAUAACUCCUAUAAAUGGGCUGGUGGUGGAUUUCUGUCUACAGUGGGUGACCUUCUGAAAUUUGGGAAUGCAAUGCUGUAUGGUUACCAAGUCGGGCUGUUUAAGAACUCAAAUGAAAAUCUUUUACCAGGAUAUCUCAAACCAGAAACCAUGCUUAUGAUUUGGACACCAGUCCCUAACACAGAGAUGUCUUGGGAUAAAGAGGGUAAAUAUGCAAUGGCAUGGGGUGUUGUGGAAAAGAAGCAAACUUAUGGUUCUUGCAGGAAGCAACGGCAUUAUGCCUCACAUACUGGAGGUGCAGUGGGUGCCAGUAGUGUCUUGCUGGUCCUUCCUGAGGAACUGGAUGCAGAAGCUCUAAAUAACAAGGUUCCCCCAAGAGGAAUAGUUGUUUCUAUCAUAUGCAACAUGCAGUCUGUUGGCCUCAACAGCACUGCUUUAAAGAUUGCUCUGGAAUUUGAUAAAGACAGAUCAGACAUACCUUAAUGUCAUGGAUGCAAAAUGAGGUGUUUGGAUUUGCUUGGGAUUUUUUUUUUUUUUUUUGGAAACAUUAAAGUCCUCAAAUACAUGAGAGUUUAAAGAAUAAAUUUGUAAUAGAGUAUAAUUGAAUGCAGAGAACUAUGUAUCUCUAAUUGCUUAAUUUUGUAAUUGUCUUUUGUAGGAUUAGUUCUUGAUACUCAGGGAAGUUAUUAUAUUUUUAAUUUUUGAAAAAAGUGUCAGCUCUUGAAAUAAAAUAUUCUGAUAAAAAA